AUGGCCGGUGAAAGAAGAGAUGCGGAUUAUGAAGCAGCUGAAAAGUUUACUUCCACGUUUUCAAAAUACUUAGAAGAAAACGAUAUCAAUUGGAAUGACGUCUAUAACAUGGAUGAGACGGCGUUAUUCUGGAAGAGUCUACCCCGAAAGACUUUGGCUCCUUCUACAGUUAAGCAGAUCAGUGGAGGCAAAACGAAAAAAGACCGCAUCACCGUAGGUUUAUGUGCAAAUAUAACAGGAUCACAUAAAUUAUCGCCAUUAUUUGUACAUAAAUUUAAAAAACCGCGAGCUCUGAAAUCUUCUAACAAUCUACUGAUAGUCUAUAAAGCACAACAGAACACAUGGGUAGAUCGAACCAUUUUUAAAAAUUGGCUCGAGAAUUUCUUUAAGCCUGCAGUCAAGAAAGAACAAUUAAGGACUAACAGAGUUGGAAAAAUAGUUCUUCUUGUUGAUAAUUGCAGUAGUCAUGUUUUGCCGGCCAAAUCAUUAGACAAUGAGGACUUCCAACUUUUAUAUCUCCCUGCAAACACAACGUCGAUACUGCAGCCAAUGGACCAGGGCGUAAUAGCGAAAUUUAAAUUAUGCUUUCGACAUAAAUUAGCUAAAGAAUUAUUGAAAUAUAAUAUUAGAGAUUGUAUCAAUCUUUUAGAUACAUAUUGGCAGGAAGUGACAGCAGAAAAUAUUAACAAUUCUUGGAAACGUUUACUUGGGAAUAAAGUAAUUGAAGAAACCGAUUAUGAAGAACACGAAGAAGUGAACACAUAUUCAGAAACGUCUAUCGCUCAAAUGCUUCAAAUUAGCGAAGAAGAAAUUGCAGAUUGGAUCACGUCAUGCGAUACGGAAGAAAAUAGGUUUUCAUAUGAUGAAGGAAACGAAAACGAAGCUGGAAAAGAAGAAGAAGAAGAAGAAGAAGAAGGUGAUUCUUCAACCCAACUUCAAUUUAAAGAACACGAAGUUGCAAAAGCUUUAAACCUUAUCGUUGCAUGGUCAAAACAAUAUGAUCCUUUGAUCCAAAAAUAUGCAAAAGCCUUAAACGAUCACUUUCAAGAACAUAGAGAGUAA